GAAUAACUCGUAAUCAGUUCACAUCAGACUACACUUGAAUAUGGUGCUGAACAAAAAUUACGAGUCUACUAUUUUUAAUAUAGUUAUAGUAAUAUAAUUACUUCAUUUUUUCAAGCCUAUUUAGUACUCUGCUGGACUGAAGCUUCAAAAAUCAAUCUUUAACCAGAAGCCGGCACUCACCUGCCUAUAAAAAGACAAGAUCUGUGAAAAAGACAAAUUUGCAAAUAUUACUUCUGAGGCAGUGAUGCCCAGAUAAACCUGCAUGAGAGAAGGCGUCUCUGACCUUAAGGAAUUGUACGGGCUGCUCUUAAUGUGACAAGCUGCUAUGAUUUCUAUCAAGAAUUGUGUGCUUCUGACUCUAAUCGCUUGUGAUGUUUUACCAGGUUCUUUUCCCUGGGCUAAAGGAGAUGAUCGAUGCCUUCCUGCUGGGACAAAUACUCACAAGGGAAAUUUCUUUCAAGAGCCCAAGGAAUUUUUUAUGGAAGACGAUGACCAGAUGAAUGUUUUCACCGGCGACUUUGUGACACUCCACAUUAGUAGAAAUCCAUUUGAAGUCAUAGAUCUUACAUGGAAGAAGGAUGGAGCGAUGGUGGCAAGGUUCAAAAAUGAUAUGAAAACUGUGUCAUCCAAAAGUAACGCACAAAUGUUAUCAAAUGGAACCUUGAGACUUGGCAGGAUUUCAGUGAAUGACCACGGAACAUACAGCGUGGAAGUAUAUGAUAAGGACGGAAGAAAUGUAAAGAAAGACUCUCGUUUCUUAGAUGUGUUUGAUAAAACUCAGCUGGCAGCCUUGGGGGCUCCUCUAGCCCUACAUCCAAAAAAUGAAAUGUCAGGAAUGGCAUCUAUAGAGUGGAAGAAGGGAGAUGUACUUCUGGGCUGGCAGAAUAUAACACAUAAUGAGAAAUGUUACAAUAGGAUGGAAAUUUUCCAGAAUGGCACUCUUUGGCUUGAAAAGACUGAAAAAGCUGAUGAAGGAAUUUACACUGUGAAUGUCUUUGAUGAGAAUGGAAGUCCGAUUUACACUGAGCUCAUCAAGGUAAUUGCCAUAGAACUGCCAUCCAUGCCCGUGCUAAACUACUCCUGCCACACGACUGGUGAAAUCAUUUUUGAAUGUUCUAUUAAUGAAGACAGCGAAGCCUCAUUUAAGUGGGUACUGGAUGGAGAAAUGCUAAAUGAAGAGAAAAAUAACACUACAAAAGUGAAUAAUACGAACAAGGGUGUGAUGCAGUGCAUUGUCAGCAAUAUAGUUGGCUCCAGUAAAAGUGAAAUCUAUUUUUCUUGUCCAGGUAAACUAUUCUUAACUCUGUGGUACAUCAUCGCCAGCAUCAUAGCGGCUGUUCUACUGAGUAUAAUUUGUCUGAGUCUCAUCUUCUGCAAGAGUACUCACAAAAAGAAACACAAUCUACCAGCACCUUCAAUGGAAUUUUUAGGAAAUUUCCAGGACCUUCAAGACCACUGUACAGUAGACGAAGAGCCCACUGCCAAUCACUCUGACCAAUACUUUGAAACUAACGAAGUGCAGGAUCUCCCAGACCCACCAGACAAGCUGAUGUUCAGCAGCACUGAAGAUGUGCAGGAGUUUCCUGAGGAGCAGGAUCUCCCUGAGGCACCCGAUUUUGAUAACUCUUUUUAUAUGGUGGAAGAGCAGGAUUUUCAAGAUCCCGAGGGAGAAAACCUCCCCGAUUACAUACCAUCAGAUGAGAGUCAACAGGAGGAACAGAAACCGAGCGAAGGCAGUGACAGUUCAGACUUCAUACAUGAACAAUGCAGCAUCGUGCGCUACACCACAAUCAAGUUUAAGACGUUUCGUUGUGAUAAAGCUGAGGAUUCUGCCAUCCAAGAAAAUGAAUGAACAAGAGUGGAGAAGGCAUGAUAAUUGCAUUCUAAUUGUAUUAUUUUAUUUGCAUUGUAUUUUUGGAUGACGUAGGCAAGAUAAUGCGCUUUUUUUAAUAUGCGCUUAAAGGGCCUGCUUGGUUCUGAAUACAGACUUUUGGAUUUAAAAUUGUACCUGCCUGCUUUGUAAAGUGCACUCAGUUCUGCCCACGUCACCAUACGUAUUUUAAACAUUGUCACUUAGUGCAUUUCAUUUAUUACCCCAAUGAUUCAAUUAAAAAAAAAAGUUAUUUGAGUUUGUUUAAA